AUGCUAAAGCUGGUUUGUAAGUUGAAGCCUCUUCUUUCUUCUUCUCUUGGAUUAACAUUGAAGUCUAAGAGUAGUGCUCAUUAUUUCCGGUACCAAUCACCACAAAUAUCUUCCUCAUCGACCUUUUGUGUCAAUCCUCGCUAUUCUCAUUUUUUCCUUGAAACCCAUCUUCAUUUACUAAAUGAAAAGCUUAAACAACUGUCCAACGUUGGACUUCAUGAUCAAAUACUUGAUCUUUACUUCAUUCUUCAGCUUUCCAAUGCAAAACCUGAUCAUUUGACAUACCCAUAUGUGCUUAAGGCCUGUGCUGCUCUCACUGCUUUCAAUGAAGGCAAAUUAGUCCAUACCCGGACAAUAAAAUCCGGGUUUGAUCACAAUGUUGUUGUCGCGAAUUCAUUGAUAGACAUGUACUCCAAAGUUGGAACUUUGAAAUCUGCCCAUUAUGUUUUUGAUGAAAUGCCUAAAAGGAAUUUGGUCUCUUGGAAUUGUAUGGUUUCAGGAUUUGCAUUGAAUGGUCUUCCAGAAAGUGCAUUGGAGCUCUGUAGUUUGAUGAGAUUUGAAAGGAUUGGAUUAGAUAAAGUGACACUGAAAAUUGUUCUUCCUGUAUGUGGUUUGUUAGGAGCAAUUCAUAUUGGAGAAUCAGUUCAUGCUCAUGUUAUUGUAUUGGGUUCUUCUUCAGACACAACUAUAUCAACUGCUAUCAUGGAUAUGUAUGCAAAAUGUGGGAUGAUAGACUCUGCACAGAAACUUUUUCAUGAGAUUCAUCAUAAAGAUGCAGUAACUUGGAAUGUGAUGAUUAAUGGGUAUUGCAGAAAAGGUCAGUUAGAUAUGGUGCUCAAUUUCGUCUGCAGGAUGCAUACAGAGGGUGUAGAACCAACUGCUGUUACCAUAUCGAUUGCCCUCCAAGCUUGUGCUGAUUUACCAAGCUUGCGAAUAGGAGGAACUAUCCAUGGUUAUGUUAUGAAGAAUGGGUUCAGUUCAGAUGUCUCUGUUGAAGCACUUCUGAUAAACAUGUAUUCGAAGUGUGGAAGACUAGAUUUAGCUUGUCAGGUACUUCUUACAGUUACCGAAGAAAGUGUAAACGCAUGGAGUGCCAUAAUUCAUGGCUUGGGAAUGCACGGAUAUGGAGAAGCUGGUUUGAUGAGUUUCUUCAGGAUGUUGAAGAGAGGCAUAGAUCCUGAUGGUGUGUGUUUCCUUCUUGUACUUUCUUCUUGUAGUCACACCGGAAUGGUUAGUGAAGGCAACAAAGUGUUUGAUUAUAUGGUUGGACAGUUUGGAAUUGAACCAAAGAUGGAGCACUUUGUGACUAUGGUUGAUCUUAUUGGGAGGGCAGGCUUCAUUGAUGAAGCAUUUCAGUUCAUCAGGCAAAUGCCAAUGGAACCGGACAUCAGCAUUUGGGGUGCUUUCUUUGGUGCUUGCAAGAUACAUGGGAAGUUUGACAUAGGGAAAUCAGCAGUGGAAAGUGUGGUUAAAUUGGAUCCAAAAACAGCAGGUUACUAUAAGCUACUAUUAAAUACUUACGCCAACAAGGGAGGAUGGGAUGAUGUGCACAAGAUUAGAAGCCUGAUAAGUGAGAGAGGAGUUCAAAGAGUUGUAGGAUAUAGUUCACUUGAAGUGGACAGGUCAGCUUCUUGA